AUGCGCGCCGCCAGGGCCACGUCUGGCCCAAACCGUACACAACUCCAUCACGGCCGCUCCCGUCCCUGCCCGUCCGGCCCCGGCCUUCGCGGCGCGAUGGGACUCCAUGUCGACGCCCCUCGCCCGCCGUGGCCCGUGGCGCUGCCGGCCGUAGCGGCCCUGCUGCUGGCCGCACGCCUCCCGGCGGUGGCGACAGCGGGUGCGGUUGUCGCUGAGCGUCGCGCCGUGGAGCGGGGCGUGCUGGACGACAGCACGCAGUUCGUGCAGACCCACGCGACACGCGAAGGCGGAGAUGGCGACGGGGGCGGAGGCGGCCUGGGCGCCAGCGCCCUGCUCUCCUGGCUGGGGCCCGCCCUGCUGGGCAAGAUAUCGCCGGACGAGGUCGCCGAGCUGGAGAAGAUGGUGUCUGGCUCGCAGAACCUCGGGGCCGAGGCGUUGAAGCAGCUGCAGGGCGACGUCAAAGUGAAGCACCCGAAGGCCUACGCGGCCAUCCUCAGCGCGCUGCACAUGUCCGACGAGGAGGUCUCGCAGGCCGUGCCCAGCCUGCCGGAGGGCGCGCUCGCGCUCGGCCGCGUGUCGGUCGAGGAGGAGAAGCUGGAGGACGACGCCCCCGCGCCGCCCAAAGGCCACGACGCCCAGGGGCUCCGCCUGCUGCUCGUGGCGGCCACCGUGCUGCUGGUGGCCGUGGCGGGCCUGGUCUCAUGCCUGACCGGGUUCUGGGACGGAGGCGCUGCGACCGCCGCGGGGGAGCAGCCCCCGACGUCGUCAAGCAGGCGCCUGGCGAGGCAGCUCGCCGCGCUGAGCUGGAAGAAUGCCAAGGUCACCUGGCGCGCAGAGCUGCCCAUGUGCUCCUCGUGCUGCAACGGCUGCUGCUGCAUGCUGGCGCCGGUCAUCUUCAUCGGCAUGCUCACGGUGCUGCCCAGCUUCGUCAUGAAAGUGACAGGGGCCAGCAAGAUGCUGCUCGUGGAGCACCCUGUGGAGUACGGUAGAAACUACAGCGACGCGUCAGCGUGGCACCACGCUGGACUAUCGUUGAGGGACCACCUCUUCAUGGAACCCAAGGACGAGGGCGCCGACACAGGCUGGCGGUCCAUGCUGCAGGACCCGAUCACCACGCCGUGGCACCCGAUGGGACUCCUGCCGCAGGGGGCCUGCUACUGCCGCACGCUGGGGGCCGUGGGCCCUGGCGCUGCCAAGUUCAUCGACUACUCCAAGCGGACGUAUCAGGAGUGGAGCAACCACCAGCUGUCGCAGGACGAGAGGUGGAAGCAGGCGGUCAAGCUGGCGAGGGGCGACAUGAGGAGGCAGCUGCGGAUGCUCUUCGGCGUCCAGGAGCAGGAGUGCCCCGCCCACGACAAGGCGACCUUCUUCAGGGAGUUCGGCAGCGUGGCCGAGGCCGAGCGCCUGCUGGGCCGGUACAACUACGGCACCGUCAGCCGCUCGCGGUCCCCAGACGAGGACAUGGACCGGCUCUGCGGCGUGAUCGUCUUCGACAACGACCCCACCACCGCGGACGUGCCCAGGUACACCAUCCGCACGAACGUUACGGGCUUGGACGCCACUGGCUCUGUCGCCCAGAGGGUGGUCGCCGAGCAGCAGAGGGGGAUGCAGAAGCAAGCUCUCGGCUGGUACCAGCAGUCCGGCUUCCUGUCCAUGCAGGAGCUCGUCCAGGACUUCGUGGCUGAGAUCCGCCUCGGGCCCAAGCAGCGCGGGCCUGGGGCGGUCUUCGUCCCGCUGCCCGCAGACAGCUACAAGCUGGACAAGCUGCAGCAGACCCUGGCCGUCACGGUGGCGUCCACGGAGGUCUGCACCGCCACCUUCUCCGCGGUCGUCGUGCUCGCGGCGUACCUGGCGAUCAGGGAGCGGAAUUCCAAGCAGAAGGAGCUGAUGCGGCUCAUGGGGCUGGGCGACGGCUCGCUGGCGCUUUCUUGGCUGCUGCUGUACGCCUUCCAGAACGCCCUCGUCUCGCUGGGGUGUUCGCUGCUGGUUCAGUCUGCCCUCGUCAAUAGCUCGGAAUUCGUCAUCUUGUUCCUCAUCUUCUUCCUGACCGCAAUGGCCAGCACCCUGGUUGGCCUCACCGUAUCUGCCCUCAUAUCCACCGAGCGGCUGGGGGCACUGGUGGCAUUCGGAGCGUACCAGUGCAUGGGCCUGAUGUGCCACGGGCUCGUCAAGGACAUCAGGCAGACGUCCAUGAGCUCCGACGGUAGCCCGCAGGCGGGUGCAGAUGCCACCUCGGCCGCGUCAGCGCACCUCCUCAUCGCGAGCUUCCUUCCCAACGUGGCAUUCGUGCUCGUCCUCAAGGCCUUCUUCGCGCUGGAGACGAACUUCCAGGGCUGCACCUGGCAGAGCGUGCACCGCCGCGUCCACAACUACACCGUGGCCAGCGGGCUCACGAUGCUCUUCGUGGACGUGGUCGUCUGGGGCCUCGCGUACGCCUACCUCGACCAGGUGAUCUCCCACGACGUGGGCGCGACGCGCCCGUACAACUUCCCCUUCACCAGGUCCUUCUGGCGCGAGGUGUUCGGCCUGGACGACUGCGGCGGCGCCCCUCCCCAGCGGGGCGACGACGCGGCGGACGCGGAGCUGGGGCAGGCGCCGCACCACCCGGACGCGGACCCCGAGCUCUUCGAGGAGGAGGGCAGCGCCAGGCUCCAGGAGCUCCGCGGCCGAGGCCACGUGGUCAGCGUCCGCGGCCUGCAGAAGGUGUUCGUCGACGCAGCGGGCCGCACCGUCCGCGCCGUCGACGACCUGAGCCUGACCAUGUACAGGGGCGAGUGCUUCUGCCUGCUCGGCCACAAUGGCGCGGGCAAGACUACCACCAUGGCGUGCCUGACCGGCAUGCUGCAGCCGACGGCCGGGGACGUGCGGGUGCUCGGCAGGCGCAUGCCGGCCGAGCUGCAGGCGAUCCGGCAGGACAUGAGCUUCUGCAUGCAGCAGAACGUGCUCUGGGACAGCCUGACGGUGGAGGAGCACACGCAGCUGUUCGGGGCCCUCAUGGGCCUCUCGCAGAGGCUCAUACGCGCGGCCAGCGGCCGCGCCCUGGCGCAGGUGGAGCUCCUGCACAAGAGGCACGCCCAGGCCUGCCAGCUGUCCGGCGGCAUGAAGCGGAAGCUGAGCGUCGCCCUCGCGCUGCUGGGCGAUUCGAAGGUCGUGGUGCUCGACGAGCCGACCGCCGGCAUGGACCCGCACACGCGGCGGCAGCUGUGGGCGGUGCUGAAGCAGAGCCGGACGGAGCGGAUCCUGUGCUUGACGACGCACCACAUGGACGAGGCGGACGAGAUCGGGGACCGCGUCUGCAUCAUGGUGCAGGGCCGCGCCGCGUGCAGCGGCACUAACGCCUUCCUCAAGCAGCGGCUGGGCUGCGGGUACCUGCUCACCUUCGUGAAGGCGGGCGAGGCCGUGCCGGACCGCCCCAUCGUGUCGCUGGUGGCCGCCCACUGCGGGGAGGGCGUCCAGACCGCCGCCUCCGCCGGGCGAGAGCUGCGCGUGCAGGUGCCCUUCGCCGGCGCCUCCGCGUUCCCGGCGCUGAUGCGGGAGCUGGACAGGCGGCUCCAGGAGCUGGGCGCGGAGUCCUACGGCGUCGGGGUCUCGGACCUGGAGGACGUCUUUCUGAAGGUGGCCAACGGCGAGGCCGCGCGCCCCGGGGCGCGGGCCGUGCCAGCGGCGCUGCCGGCCGCGCCCGCGGCGCCGAGCGCCUCCCACAAGGUUGAGACGGGCCACGCUGGUCACGACGUGCCCUUCAAGCGGCAGUUCAUCGGCCUCUUCCAGCGUCGAGUGCGAUAUGGCCGCCGCGAUUCCCGGACGUUCUGUUGCCAGCUCGUCAUGCCGAUUGUCAUCAUGGUGGUCUUCCUCACGAUCUCGAAGGUGGGCAUGAGCCACAUGGGCCGCUACCCCCACGUCCGGGUCGACCUGGCCGGAUGGGACGGCGGGCGGCCCGCGCUGGUGUCCGUCGGGUUGCCGCCGGGCUCCGAGAGGGAUCAGCGGAGCCAGUCGAUGGCGCUCUCGUGGCAGAUGAGCCCUGGCUUGGGCGAGGCGUGCGACGUGAGGGUGAACAAGUCUCUGCACCCCGCGUCCGUCCAGGGCAACUUCAAGAACAAGCAGCGCAACAAGGAGGAGAUGGCCUUCGCGGACUACGCGUUCGGCCUCCGCCACGAUGGCAGCGGGAACUCGCAGCUAGGCGGCAUCAUGUAUGCCGAGGACCGCGUCACCUUCUUCCCCAACACGUCGGCGCACUUUGCUGGCCCCGCCCUGCUCGAGCUGCACUUCCGGGCGAUGGUGGAGGCAGAGGGGGCCAGGCCGCUGCACCUCGAGGUGUCCAGCCAGCCGCUCCCGGCCACCGGCCAGGAGCGUGGCGUCAUCGCGGGCAUCGGUGGUUUUGCCAUGGGGAUGGUCGUCUUCACCGCGUACUCCUUCAUCGCGACGGGCAUCGCGGCGUACGUGACGAUGGAGAAGGAGCUGGAGGUGAAGCAGCAGCUGAUGAUCUCCGGCGCGAGCCCGCUGGCCUAUUGGGCCUCGAACCUUGGCUUCGACUGCGUGUUCGGCCUCUUCGCCUUCGUCGGCACGAUGCUCGUGAUGGCCAUAUUCGGAGCCCGUGAGUGGUGCAGCUUCCCGAACAUCGGUGCCACGAUGACCCUCCUAACGCUGUUCACGCCCGCAGUCUCGCUCUUCGCGUACUUCUGGUCCCACUUCUUCAACACGUCUGGGAGCGCACUCAUAGGCGUUCUCAUGCUGGGCCUGUUCCUCGGCACAUUCGGUAUCAACAUCUCCGAGACGCUAUCGCUCUUCCCGCAGACUCGCGCAUAUGGCCAGGGCGCGCUCAUGAUCAUCGAGGGGAUGCUGCCCUCGGCUUGCGUCGGGCACGGUCUGAUGAAGUUGGCGAUGUACAGGGACAUCUCCAAGGCGAUGGACGUCAGCCCGUUUGCUGGCUACCUGACGGGCACCGAGUUUUGCUCGCCCGUCCGCGGGAGCCUGCCGUGCGUGGUCAACGCGGGCGACGACUGCAUAAUGCUGCUGGUCGACGUGAUCCUGUACGCAGGCUUGAUUUAUUCGAGUGGGCAGUGGGAGUCGUGCUAA